AUGUCUCAGCCGCAGCAGGCACCGCAGAUCAAAGUCAAAGUCAAACAGGGCGAUAUGAAGCUGAGUGAUACCGUACCGCCCCAGAACAGAACUUGUCCACCUGGUGCACUACCUGAUCCAAUAGUCCAACUCGUAGUACACACUACGAUCCUCAGUCACCACAGCCACAGUAUGGCACUAGGUCACCUCAGCCAGGCUAUCGCCACCAAUAUAGUGACUUGCACUCCAACGAUUCCCUGUAACAGCCUAUGCACAGACCCCCACAAGGCCCACCUCAGAUAUAUCCGAUGCACAACCACUCUUCCCCAGGGGAACACUACGGCCACCAAUUUAUACGAUAGUACUGGCUACAGUCCACCUCCUAAUCAGCACGCAUCGAGCCACGACAAUAUGCCCCAGCAAACACAGAGCCCACAACAACUACGGCCACAGGCACUACCUUAG